AUGGCGGCUAUCCCUGGUCCUCCCCGCCGUAAGGUGGACAAAUCACCGGAGAGGCUCACCAACGAGAUCUUAGCCUGUAGGGCGCCCACGUACUACAAUGCCGGCAAAGCAUGGAACAUUCUUGGGUAUUACCGGCAGGAGCGGCCAGGCCUGGAGGAUUUUGUCGAGGCUGUCGACGCUCUCUGGGACCAUCAAGCAAAGCUGACAACCCUUAAGGGUCGGAGAGCCCGGGCCUACAUGAUCGAUGCUCUGAGAACGCUCGGGUUUCGCGGCGCCCAAUUUCACCCGGAUCGAUACUCGUUGCAGCUGGCAGUCGACGACCAGGAUGGCUCAUGGUCAGACCUCCCUGAUCCUCCUCGGGGAGGAUACAAUUACGGAAAAAGUGAUGCUCGUGAGUACCUCGCCGCAGUUGCGCCGCGUGCGAGUCCCCGCGAACCCAUGCGUAUGGACCUCCACGUGCAAGAAGUGAUGUUGCGGGACUUCCAUCUAUUCCACGGGUUUUCUGAGAUCCCUUGGGUUGGUCCAAAGCGGGCACUUCAUGUCCCCAGUGGCGCUGACUCGCUCUGGUAUUGCUUGUCACACUUUCUAUAUCGGCGGGACCGGCUACCCGAUGGCUCACCCGUGGGCGGUCACAGUCUCUGGCAUCAUUGGGAGGUGAAAGCUCGGAUUUGGACAUACUUCAUGCAAGUCUUGAAGGACCCCUCGCAUGAACGGUGGGCGGAAUACCAUCUACUACAACAAAAAUCCAAAACCGUGGACCCAGACUUUGGUACCCUCUCCAUGGCGCGGUCUCUCUACGCAUCCUCCUCCCAGGGCAAACCCGCAUAUCCCCACGAGUAUCUCCUACACGUCAUUGCCGAUUAUUUUUGCGCCCCGGUCGAUGUCUAUACCAGCACCGCCGACGACAUAAACAAAGACUCACUUGAUCUCAGCGUCACGUCCAAACACUACGCCAUGCACAACCAAUUCAGCGACUUCCGCUGCAUCAGGCUCGCCACCAACCACGACAAGACGCAAUACAGCAUCGUCGUAAGCGACAGCGCGGCCCUCGACAAAGCCCCGGACCUCACCCCCGACCCCCCCUUCGUAGACCCCUGGGAGGCAGUCAAGCUCGCCCGCGAGCGUGCCGCCGCCGCACGCCGCCCAAAUCCCCGCGCGCCCGACGAACCCAUCCCGGUGCCUGCCCCGCGCAAGCUGCGCCCGCCCUGCGAGCACGCCCGCUACAACUACUUCGCGCCCGAGGACCGGCCCGCGCUGGAGGCGGUAGCGGAUGCGGAGGGGGUUAUUCCCCCCCAGACGCCGGUGCCGCAGACGGCGUACUAUCCCGCGGGCGACGGCGCGGCGAAUCAUGUGGUGGGCGUGUUGCCGUGGCGGCUGCCGCAGGAGCGCUGGGGGGAUGUGCUGCUCACGCCGGAGGUGUUUGCGCGGUUCCGCGCGGGCAUCGACAUACCCGGGUGGGGGUUUGCGGCGCCCGAGGGGGAGGUUGUGGAUCGGUGGUUGGAGGAGGCUGGUGGGGACAUGUUUAAGUUGCAGGCUGAGCGCACGGCGAUGCCUGGGUUUGUGCAUACCCCCGAGAGGUGGCAGUGGCGGUUUGGGGAGGAUCCGAUGGGGUUGGGGCAGAGGCCGCUGCCGAGUGAGACGGUGGAGGAGGGGAGGCAUAUGCUGGAUGAUCCAUAUCUGGAGUUUGAGCGGGAUAGGUCGCGGGCUGUGCCCGGCAGGUUUGGGCGGUAA